CAGUAGUCAGUGAGCAGCAGUCUACGAACUGAAGCGUAGGCGGCCAGAAGGUUAUAAAACGUAGCCCAUUCAGACAGACAGCAUCCGGUCACCAACACGGUAAACACAACAUCAGACAUCAAAGUUAAGGAAGGGGAAAGGAUUACAUCAGCAGCAACAGAUUAAUCACAAUGAGCUACAUCAGUAACAACAGGAGUUUCAGAAUAUCAACAGGAGCAGUGACUAACAUGUUGUUGUGCCUGAUUCUCUUCCUCGUACUUGGGGUCUGUCGACCUGGGUUGGGAGCCGAGGAGGAGGAGGAGGAAGAAGUGAAGGCCGUGGAGGUACGACAGCUAAACUGUCCGUGGAGUCUCGUGUGCUUGUGGAUCUGGGGUCAGUGUGUCCCAAACAACUCGACAAUCAACUGUAGAUACAACUUCACUAAUCUCUGUGGUUCAUCUUGCUAUUGCUGUUGGGGAAGGAGACGAGCUCUAAACGUGGAUGACGAGGAAGCAGAUAUUGGAGUAAAGGUGGAGCAACUGAUACAUCUGAGAGAUGGAGUGCAGGAGGCCGAUGAUGCAGAGGAAAUGGAACAACAGGAGAGGAGGAACGAGGUACAGAAGAAUGAAGUGUCAGUGCUGAAGGAAAUGAGAGAUACGCUGAAGAUGGAAGCUCUUGGGGAUAUGCUUGAAGGAAUAGAGGAGAUGGAGAGGGAAGAGGAGAUAGUGAAACGUGUAAGCCAGCUGGAUGGGAAGGACAUUGAGAUGAAGGAUGGGGAAAGUGCAGCAUCCCUCGUCUUGAAACAAAUUGAUGAAAAGGCUCUGUGUGCUACCAUAAGGGAUCGGUGUCACCAGCUUGGCGGGAGUUGUUCAUCGAGAGGAAAGAACUGUGAUUUGAUGUUCCCUCCUAAGUGUAUGCUCCUUCCCUGCUCCUGCUGUGUUGAUUGUGGAGAGAAAAAUAACUCGUUGUGUAAUGAACACAGCGGCCACUGCAGGAAGGAAUGCUUGUGUACAGAAUACAGGAAUACAACGACUCCCUGUAAUAGUGUAUACUGUAGCUGCUGCCAGGCAUGUCGGGCUACUCCGGAUUGCAGAUCCGGGCCAAAUACUGGCAGGUGCGUCGCUGACCCGACCUGUUGCAACUCCGUGACGUCGUACGUCAGCUCUGACGGCUGUGUGACUGAGAACUGUGUGUGUUGCAAGACGUGCCGAAGAGAGCAGAAGUGUGCUGACGUGGCCGGCUACUGUAUAACGGCCACAGGAACUUGCAACCCGGGCUACGUUGCUUUCUCCUGUGGUUGCAACGAUGGCAACAGCUGCAAGUGUUGCGUGCCAGAAUCAAACCAAGCUAAGUUCUCCUGCUAAGGAACCUCUGCAACCCCCUCCCUGGAAACACAAACCGAAACUGUCUCUAUUUUCAGCUUGUUACAACUUGUAAUAAAGUUGUUACAACUUGUAAUAAAGUUGUUACAUCUUGGCUUAA